AAAUCUAUACAAAUUGGCUAUUAAGAGCCGUUUUAAUGCGAAACAGGCGUGCGAAUAAAUUGUAACACUUAUCAUAUACUUACUGUCAACACCUUGGUCGCUUUUCAACACUGCCCCAUUUUCAAAACAAAAUAUAGACGCCAUGGAAAACUUUUCGCUGCAGCAGUUGAUCGACCUGCAAAAUAUCCAGAAGGAACUAAAUAGCAACAAAGACACGUACCUAAAAACCUACCGCCAAGUACUGAAGAAAAAAUUUAGAUCAGAACUGAACAAUUUGGUCCGUGCUGAUUUUAAUAUAGUCAAAUCAGAGUUGAAGGUUCCACAAUUACCUCCACUCCCUGCAGAAGAUGAAAACACAACAUCCGCGGUACAGUUCAGCGAUAUUGUCAAGGACUACGAAUUCACUAAGGACUGCUUGUCCUUGAUGUAGGACUGCUCUGAUCGGUCUUUGGUGCUGUUCAGCCAAUAUCUAUGCAGCACGCCACAUGCGUGCAGCAUGCACUCAAAUGGGGGGGAUUGACUCUGGAAAUAAGGAGUUUAAUCAUUGGAUAAAUAUGUAAGUCUACAAGAGCGAAAGUGAACUUACAUUGAAUAGGGGUAUUAUAGGCCGCUUAAUGAAUUGACUUCCUUUUGUACGUAAUAUUAGGAUGUACUUUACGUCCAGCUAAAAGAGAAACAAAGUGAACAAAACAUUAGCAAUUGAAGACACCCUAAAUAGCUGUGUCUUUUAAAAAAUAAAGCCGAUAUAAAAAAGCA